AUGACGUCAGCAAGGGAUGGCCUGAAAAGCGGCCUACGAGCCUGCCCUGGCUCCAGCUGUUAGGAGAUGUAAACCCCCCACCCGUCCGUUUUCAUCAGGCAGCAGUGGUUUGCCAUGAGCAUAAGCAGGAAAAUAGAUGACAGAGAAGGUAAGGUCUCGGAGGAAACAUGCUUUGGCGCCCUCAUACAGACCAAAACGGCCCAGGUCCCGAAGCACUAACCCUGGGCCCUGUGGUAAUUACUCCAGCCCCCUGAAGGCGAAUCUCCGGUGGCUUAGAAAAGAUGACCUGAGAGCCUCCAGCACCACUUCAAGCAAGGACUUAGGCAAAAAAAAAAAAAAAAAGUGGAAUGGAGUCAUAUCUUUUGGUAAAUUUGUCCCGGCCAAAGUCAUUAACAGCUUAAUGGCCUUUUCCUGAGCAACGGCUCUCAGGUGUGGUGUCACACCCGGGUGGAGUCCACGGUAGCCCUCAUAAUUCACGAUUUCAUUAAAACAGUCAAAACUGUUUUAGUACAUCGGCUCCCCACAACAGAGCUGGUAUCACGCUGGUUUUGCACACAAGUCUUCACCAGAUGUAUGGGAUAUACUUCAGUGGCUCCCUCAGCUCCAGCAACCAACCCAGGGUGAACCUGUAAGAUGACUCAGCAAUCUGGAGCCAGACAGGCCUGCCUAAACCGUGAGAUUUCUGGCUCUGCAGGAAUCUGUCUUCUGCCAAAUUGUAAGGCUUAUCGGAAAGGAGGGAUACCUGAUGACAAGAUUUAAGCUAUCUGGAUUAUGAAGGUCAUUCCAGAAAGAUGAGAAUAUUUAGUGCCUUUACAUUCAUGGCCUACUGUCAUUUUCUGAAUGCAUUUACUGUCAACGUUACCAAGGACCUGUAUGAGGUAGAGCAUGGCAGCAAUGUGACAAUGGAAUGUAUAUUCCCAGUAGAAGAAAAAUUAAACAUGUUUUCACUAAUUGUCUACUGGGAAAUGGAAGAUAAGAAAAUUAUUCAACUUGUGAAUGGGCAGGAAGAUCUGAAAGUUCAGCACAGUAGCUACAGGCAGAGGGCCCGACUAUUGAAGGACCAGCUCUUCUUGGGAAAGGCUGCACUUCAAAUCACAGAUGUGAAAUUGCAGGAUGCUGGGGUUUACUGCUGUUUGAUCAGCUAUGGUGGUGCCGACUACAAACGGAUUACUUUGAAAGUCUAUGCUCCAUAUCGCAAAAUCAACCAAAGAAUUUCUGUGGACCCAGUCACCUCUGAACACGAACUAACGUGCCAAGCUGAGGGCUAUCCUGAGGUUGAAGUCAUCUGGACAAACAGUGACCACCAAGUUCUAAGUGGCAAAACUGUCAUCACCAAUUCUAAGAGAGAGGAGAAACUUCUCAACGUGACCAGCAUUUUGAGAGUUAACACAACAGCUAAUGAGAUUUUCUACUGCACCUUUCAAAGAACAGGCCAGGAAGAAAACAGUACAGCUGAGCUGGUCAUCCCAGAAUCCCCUAAGACUUUGAAAAAUGAGAGAACUCGAUUGACAAUUUUGGGACCCAUGUUUUUGUUCCUUGUAGCCAUUAAUCUCAUCAUCUGUCUUAAAAAAAACGAUACACAAAUUGAGAAGACGUAAUCCAGCAUUGACACUUUCGAUAUUAAAGUGGGGAUUCUCAGCCUGUGGUUUCAGUUUAUCAGGGCUAAGCGUGACCAGAGCAAUAUGGUGGGCCAGCAAACUGCAGAUGUUGUAGGACUUCCAAAAGGCCCAAAUUCUGAAAAUGGAACCUGGGAAAGAAGUGACCAGGGAAAAAGGAGCAGAAGAGGUUGCCUAAAGGAAACCUUGGGACUUCAAAAUGGUUGGGAGAUUCCUCAGAGCAUAUGAAAAGGAGAAAGGACAUUUCUGACUAAUGAGCCUCCACUGCUCAUGCACAUCCACCACUCAUCUCAAACAGGUUGAGAUUCCCUGGUUUAAAAAAUGGUCAAUUCCUGCAGAAGUGCCCUUUGCCUUCACUCACUGUCUUGGUUUGUAUUCUGUGUGAUUGAGAGUUCUCAGUGUUACAACAGUAUUUAAGUGUGAGUAGUGUGAGCUCUUUCUAUUUAUUUUGAGUGUGGGGAGUCUUACCAUGUGAGUGGGUGGUUAUGAAUGCUUUCUUUUGUUUUGAAGUAAAACAAAUAUCAACUUAAGUAUUAACUUUAAAUAUCAACUUUAAGACUAUUUAACGCCUGUAACAACUGUGUUGUGGUAAGCACUAUUUUUAUACCCCUUUUGCAGCUGAGGGAACAGAUAGAUAAAGUAACUUGUCCAAGUCAGUAAAUAGCAGACCUCAGAUUUUCAUGAAUGUCUCCCACCCUCCUUUUAGAAUACAGUUAACGAAUAUGUUUUACUUUAAGAAAUUCAUUAAUUCAGCAAACAUUUAGGAAGUAUUUUUGCAUGUUAAUCACUGUGCCAGGCAGUGAGUCCAUAGAUGUGAGCAAGACAAAAUACUUCCCCUUAAGAAGUUUGUGGUAUAAUGGAAAGAUCAAUAAGAAAUUUUAUUAUUACAGUUUUGUGCAAUGUCACAGCAUGAGGCAUUGGAGGAGAAUGAUGUUGUAAGGAGGAAAGUCUAGAGAUGCUGCCAAAAGGAGAGGACAUUCUGGGUGGCCAGUCAGUGUGUUUCUGGACAGUCAGAAAUACUUAAACAUACUACUAAUCUAAACAAUUUCACCUUCUGAGUAAAAGUCAGUAAUUAUAAAACUAUGGAAAAUGACUCAAUUCUUUUUCCAGUGUUUUUAUCCCAGAUUUAUUUGCCUUUGCAUGUGAUAUGUUGUUUAUUUAUGAAGUCUUUGGCAUGUGUAACACUUCUUUCUUUGUUAUUUAAAUGCUAUUAAUUUUGAAUUCAUAUCUUUCCAUGAUUCGAAAUCAAAAGGUUCAAGAAGAAACUUUCAAAAGUCACCAUUCCAUUCUCCUGGCCAUCCAUUUUCCUUUUUCAGAUGCAACUUUUUGUUGUUGUUGUUGUUUAUGUAUUCUUCUGAAGGUAUUCUUUGAAUAUAUGUGUACAUUUAGAAAUUUCUUCCUCUAUUUCAUGUAAAUGUUAACAUAUUAUGUGCCUACUAUGCACUUUUCCAUUUUUAUUUACUAUAUUAUUCUUAUGUAAUGGUGAAGACAAACAAGUUCCCAGAAGUCAGGCAUUAUGUUUUAUUUUAUUUCUGGAUCAUCUUUCCCAUAACAUUUUAGGAUCUUUCAUAAGACUUAGUACCCGCUAUAUAUCUACUAUAUUUACAUUUAGAUGAUCAGGAUUUGUUAAGUUCUUGCUCUCUGACUGUAUUUAGAUUUGGUUCAUUUUGUGUUUCUCAAAAAGAGACCCAGGGGCUCUUCAGGGUAUAAUAGGUCAGCCUGGUCCUAAAGAGUGAUCUUAUUAUUAACUUUGUAUGACAGAAUCAUGCCUAAAACUUGUUUUUGUUCUAUUUUCUGUUAAGUAUAAACUUGACUUUGAUGUUGCACUUGCAGAAUUACAUGUUAUUUUUGGAAAUCCCAUUAGAGUGUCUUGAUCCUAUACUUUCAUCUGUGCCAGAAAAGGCCCAUGCUCUCUGUGCCUGAACCCUUGUGUCUCACCAGCUCUCAUCACUACAUAAGUCUCCUAAGAUGUUGCUUUCCAAAGACUUUGAGAUUCAGAGGCCGUCUUAGGAAGUUCCAGAGUUAUUCAUUCUUCCCUCUUAAUCAUUUACCUGGAUUGAAGACAAGGAAAGCCUUUGCUUUGCCACAUGUAAGGCUGAAGAACAGAAUCUCCUGCAGAAGUCCUCUAUUAUGUUUUUGUAUGUUUUCAUUUGUACAAUGUCCUUGUUUGUAUGACAGUAUUCCUUGUUAAUGUGAGGGAAGUGAAGUGAGUAUACAGGGAAGAUUCUGGCUGAGCAAGAUAAACAGCCUAUAUAUUCAAACCUAAAUCUUAAUGAUUUAUAAAGCACUUUAUCUCUUCAUCUUGUGUUUCAUUGUAAAUGACAUAGACAGAGUUGGUAUCUAAGAGUACAUUUGAUUAUCACUGUUUACCCCUGCAUUAAUUUAAUAAAAUAUCCAUAUU